CCGCUGCCGCCUGGUCCACCAGCUCGUCUGCUCUCGCGCGCACGGCUAGUCGACGCGACGCCAGAGCGCCCGGCCCCGCCGCCGCGGCCCCGGCAGAGCCAUGGCCACAGAGGAGAAGAAGCCAGAGACAGAGGCUGCAAGAGCACAGCCCACUCCUUCCUCAUCAGCCACACAGAGCAAGCCCACACCUGUUAAGCCAAACUAUGCCCUGAAGUUCACCCUGGCUGGCCACACAAAAGCUGUGUCCUCUGUGAAGUUCAGCCCCAAUGGGGAGUGGCUGGCAAGUUCAUCUGCUGAUAAACUCAUUAAAAUUUGGGGAGCAUAUGAUGGAAAGUUCGAGAAAACUAUAUCUGGUCACAAACUGGGAAUAUCUGAUGUAGCUUGGUCAUCAGAUUCUAACCUCCUUGUGUCUGCCUCUGAUGAUAAAACUUUGAAGAUUUGGGACGUGAGUUCCGGAAAGUGUCUGAAGACCCUAAAGGGCCACAGUAACUACGUCUUCUGCUGCAACUUCAACCCCCAGUCCAACCUCAUCGUCUCAGGGUCUUUUGAUGAAAGUGUGAGGAUAUGGGACGUGAAGACAGGGAAGUGCCUCAAGACUCUGCCUGCUCAUUCCGACCCAGUCUCAGCCGUUCAUUUCAACCGUGAUGGGUCAUUGAUCGUUUCCAGUAGCUAUGAUGGCCUCUGCCGAAUCUGGGACACUGCCUCUGGCCAAUGUCUGAAGACGCUCAUUGAUGAUGACAAUCCUCCAGUGUCUUUCGUGAAGUUCUCUCCAAAUGGCAAAUACAUCCUGGCUGCAACUUUGGACAACACACUGAAGCUCUGGGACUACAGCAAGGGGAAGUGUCUGAAGACAUACACUGGCCACAAGAAUGAGAAGUACUGCAUAUUUGCCAACUUCUCUGUGACAGGAGGCAAGUGGAUCGUGUCUGGUUCUGAAGAUAACCUAGUAUAUAUAUGGAAUCUGCAGACCAAGGAGAUUGUGCAGAAGUUGCAGGGUCACACAGAUGUUGUGAUUUCCACGGCUUGUCACCCGACAGAGAACAUCAUUGCCUCGGCAGCGUUAGAGAAUGACAAGACCAUCAAGCUGUGGAAGAGUGACUGCUGAGUGACUCCACGGGAGACUUCAGGAUGCCACCCGGACUGGCAAGAAACACGUGGGCCAGAGGCAUGGGACCAGGCUGGGUUGACAGGCCUGGUGCACCUACUCUCUGAAAAUGUCGGGUCAGGGGAGUGCACACUACCGAGUCUUGAUAGCCACUGUGAUAUUUCUUGCCAAUUCUGUCUCUGCCUGAGGAAGUCCCUGGUCUGUUCUGUGCUCAGAGGCAACAAAGUUUUAAUUUUUUAUUACAGGAGUGAGUUCAACUCCUCAUGGGUUGUUUUUCUCUGUACUUGUUGUUUUUGGUAUUGUAUUGGCCAGUGUACACACUGGAACAGAACCUACAGCCCUCCUCCCAUUCCCUGCCUCCAGCCCUGGCCUGCUUGUUCAAGUUCCCUGCUUCUACUAGUACCCGCUGUGCUUCCAUGACUCUGGAAACACAGAAAGGUUCUAAGUUGUAUCCGUGUCAGGUCCCUUUGUUUUUUUUGUUUUUUUGUUUUUGUUUUUUUUUUUUUUUUUUUUUGGAGUUCAUAGGUCAACACUGACCUCAGUGGUUGCAGUGUCUCCUUGUCUCACUGGUAUCAGUAAGCUACAAACACUGUAAUAAAAGGUGGGUAUGGGCUGGGUGUGGCCCUGAGUUCUGACCAGAGCUCUUCCACACCUGGCUUUUAGAAAGCUCCUCCCUCCUGGCAGGAGUUGGAAAGGUCUCUGGGAGGAUGGAUCCUUGCUGUGCCUUCUUCCCAGUGGCUGCUGUGGGUACUAUGUGUUGCCAGAGGAAGAACCUCAGUUGAGAGAGUGGAAGGAAAGGCACCAUGUAGUGAGGUUCUGGACCUCUUUAUUCUGUGUGAGGCUCAGGGUCACCUGUGCAGGACGGAGGAGUUCAAUUUGGUGCUUGCCCCAGCAGGUACAGCCUCCUGCCUUGGCCUCUAAACCCACCAAACCUCUCUUAGCCCCUUCCCCAAAUGGAUCCUCAGGUGACUAGGACUGGAAAGAAGUGAUGGCCAAGCUCAGAGCCGCACCACAGCAUCUUCACAACUGCUGCUGGCAAACCCAGGGUGGCCUAGCAUGGAGCAGAGUGCAGAGGUUCUGAGUCCAGGUGGGUGGGUGAGGCUGCUGGGGACAGGCACGGGCGGAAAGGACAUUCUGGGUUUGCUUUGGUUGCAGCAGCUUAUGAGGCCAACACUGAUAAUGUAUUGAAGCUAGGUCACCCUGGUCAGUAGCUGCUCUACUCUGCCUUUGCUGUGGCCUGUCCCCAGCUGUGGGCCUGAUAGCCCCUCCUCCACUCCAUCAUGGCACAAUAAGAAUCCAAAGGUGUUGGAAAAGGAACCCACAUACAUUGUCCUUUCCUGAGGGAGGUGAUGUGCACAUGAGCUGUCACAUCGAAGAAGCCGUUGUUAAAGAAAGAGGGUGGCUUGUCACACUGACAAGGUUCUGGGGCCCCUAGCGUCUGUUGGAUAGAUGUGCCAGGGUUCUGGUCAAUGUUGUGGGCAUGUUGCUGGGGUUCCUGGAGGGGUGUUGAGGUCCUUCCAGCUGUGGCCUGGUGUGCAGCCCCCUCCUGAGGGAGGGCGCUUGCUUGCCAUGUUGAGCACAGUAUCCCCAAGUAUAGUUUAUUUUUUCUACAGUUGAACUCUGUUGUAGAUUUAUGUAAAAAUACAUUCUCUUUUUAAAAAAUAAAGAUUUUCAUGUC